CCUGUGCACUAACCCGGAACCAUUGACUGGUUCUAGAGCGCUUCCGGAAGCUGUCAGCUGGUGAACACAGCAUCAACUGCGAUGAGUUUUGAGUGGCCCUGGCAAUAUCAUUUUCCACCGUUUUUUACGCUACAGCCUAAUGUUGACACAAGACAGAAGCAGCUGGCAGCAUGGUGUUCCCUGGUUCUGUCCUACUGCCGGCAUCACAAGCUUUACACUCUGGAUGUCAUGGAGGCUCAGGAAAGCCCCGUCUUCAACAACAAGAAGAUGGAACGAAAAUUGUCAGUGGAAGCAAUUCAAGUUGUGUUUGAGGAGUUGAGAAAAAAAGGCAACCUCGAAUGGCUGGAUAAAAAUAAGACUCGCUGUUUAGUCAUGUGGAGACAACCGGAGGAGUGGGGCAAGUUAAUGUACCAGUGGGUGUCCAAAAAUGGCAUGGUCAACUCUGUGUUUACGCUUUAUGAGCUCUCCAAUGGUGACGACACCCAUGGUGAAGAGUUCCAUGGUUUAGAGGAGUGGAUGCUGCUGCGCUCCUUGCAGGCUUUACAAACGGACGGCAAAGCAGAGAUCAUCACCAUGGAUGAUGGAAAAGGUGUCAAAUUCUUCUGAAACGGUGCUGGAACCACUCAUACUCUGCGACUGGGAGCCCUCUUCACAUCUUGAAGGCAGAUUAAACGGUCAUUUCCGGCUAUGCAGGAUGCACUGCUGGGCCUGGUCCAGCGGACACCUGUUCUUUUAGUGUUGUCUUUGCCUUUUGGUUGGAAGCCUUGGCUUUCUGGAGGGGAACUUAUCAUUUGGGGUAAUCUGAGGUGACGCUGUUUUUAUAGAAAUAUCCCAGGUGACAUUUGUUGCCUUUUAAACAUGCAAGGAGUAUCAAGGGUCUAAAUAUGAAAAUGUCUGAAUACUUUAGGGGAGAGAUCUCCCCACUAGCUGUAACUUAACUCUAUUAUUUUAAAUGCAAUUAGCUGUUUUGUAUUUCCUUUCUCCGCUAACAAAUCUGUUGUGUAUAGUCAGCUUGGCUUGGCUCUGUUUCUGUUCCAGCCCGACAUCCCAAAGAAAUCCCCGAACGCAGCACCAGAGGGACUUUUCAUUUUCAGAAUAAAUGCUUCCAGAGGAGGAACACCACAAAGACUUAGCUGAUCCUCGCUUGACUCGACUGAGUGUAAUAAUGCUGCACUUCGUGUACAGACUGCUGUCAUCCUGUCAUUGUAGCUUCUCUGACACUCUUCAUACCUUUCCCAUGUCUGUAUUCAACUUUUUUUCAUAUUUUGUUGGAAAAUAAAUGAGAUUUGUUAAAUUUU